AAUCUGUCAGAGUCGGAGUGUUGCCCAGUGGUCCUGCAAUCUCGGGAAGUCGUCGUCGCUUCGUUUUUCCUGACUCUCGAGUGCUUCCCCCCAGGCGGGUGGGAGUGCAGAGACGGAAGUGCAAGAUGAGCACCAUGUUCGCGGACACGCUGCUCAUCGUUUUUAUCUCCGUGUGCACGGCUCUUCUCGCCGAGGGUAUAACCUGGGUCCUGGUUUACAGGACGGACAAGUACAAGCGACUGAAGGCGGAAGUGGAAAAGCAGAGUAAGAAAUUGGAAAAGAAGAAGGAAACAAUAACAGAGUCAGCUGGUCGACAACAAAAAAAGAAAAUAGAGAGGCAAGAAGAGAAAUUGAAGAAUAAUAACAGAGAUCUGUCAAUGGUUCGAAUGAAAUCCAUGUUUGCAAUUGGCUUUUGUUUUACUGCCCUAAUGGGAAUGUUCAAUUCCAUAUUUGAUGGUAGAGUGGUGGCAAAGCUCCCUUUCACCCCCCUUUCCUAUAUCCAAGGGCUGUCUCAUCGAAAUCUGCUGGGGGAUGACACCACUGACUGUUCCUUCAUCUUCCUGUAUAUUCUGUGUACCAUGUCGAUUCGACAGAACAUCCAGAAGAUUCUUGGCCUUGCCCCUUCGCGAGCAGCCACCAAGCAGGCAGGUGGAUUUCUUGGUCCUCCACCUCCUUCUGGAAAGUUCUCUUGAAAUCAAGAAGAAACCCAUAAUUCCUGUCAUUCUUUUUAGCCAUUCAAAUCAGACUGGCAAUUACUUUGUAGCAAGAGCCAUAGGCAGCCUUAGCACAUGGGUGACUUUCUAGUUUUGAGUUAUCUCUAGACUUUUUGGAUGUGAUUCACGUAAGGAUGGCACCCAACAAACAUGAUAGUGCUUUGGAUCACAGAUUAAUUUUUUUUAAAUAAGUGUCUUGAUUAGAUAAGUUCAGUUGAUAUUUAUGUAAUGAGAAACAAAUAGCAUCUUUCUUGUUUUGCUUACAUGAAUAUUUUCUGUGGGACCGCCUCUCAAGUCUGUGCUGUGUGCCAUGUACCAUGGAAGUGGUUCUCCAUGAGUAUUUAGAGAUCUGGAAGAAAAAUUUAGAUUCUGUAACUAUUAAUUGGAACUAUUUGUUGUGUGUUUUUCUUCAAGCCAAAUAUAUGACCUGAGAUCAAUAAAGAGGCCAACAUUUUAGCUA